UCUAUUUUUCAGAUAGAACAUGCGUACAUGCGUUCAGAAAAUGCGGAAGUGUGUACAGAACAUGCAUUUACGCAGAUACACAUCACGGGUGACGGAAGAGUUUAUUAAGCAGAAUCUAACUAUUUCUACAGAUCAUUUAACUCCGGAGAUUAAGUUGCUUCUGAUAUCCCAUAAUAGUCCUCUAUACACUCAACCAAUACAGGAUUCUAGUUCAAGUCUUCAGGAUCCUUGGUGGACAAUUUACUGGCCAGGAGGGCAGGUUUUGAGUAGAUAUUUUCUAGAUUUCCCCCACCUGGUCCAGGGGAAACAUGUUCUAGAUAUAGGAUCUGGAUGCGGGGCACUUAGUUUGGUGGCAGCUAGAUGUGGAGCAGCAGAUGUAACAGCCAACGAUAUAGACUUAAACGCCCGGACAGCACUCAGCCUCAAUUCUAAUAUUAACAAUAUUCAAAAUAUAAAUUUCAGUUCUACCGACCACCUCACUCACACAAAUCCAAAUAAACUAAAAGAGUUUGACAUUUUAUGUGUGGGGGACUUACUUUACGACGCAAGGAGAGAGAAAAAAUUUAUUAAGUAAAGGGUUGUAGGGUUAAACUUACACAAAUAGAGGAGGUUUAAGAUAUUAACAUUUAUACUUGAGUUAUUUUGGUUUAAGAUAUUAACAUGUAUACUUGAGUUAUUUUGGUUUAAGAU